GAUUCCUGCCCAUUUACAUAUAACUCUCUUCCCCAUGAUGUAACCCACCCCACCCGUCUAGCAUAUAGAUCCGUUGAUAUAUACGUUCAUAAAGUGUCGAUGGGAUUUCGAUUAUAGAAUGUGGUUGAAAAGAAAUUGGAAUUGAGCUCUGACUUGAAAUCUCUGGAUUUCUUUUUCCAUUUUUUCUAAAAUGGCAGUUAACUCAAACGAAGAGUGCCAGAAGGAUCACGUUGUGGGGUUACCUGAUGAAGGAACUGCCAACCCCGAGUCCAAGCCACAAUUGAAUGUUGUCAGCCAUAUGGAAAAUCUUAAUACAACGAAAAGUGAGAUGCAUUUUAAUGCUGAAUCAGAUUUGCAAAAUGACUCAAACCUAAAGACGGGUGAAGCAAAUAAUUAUGUACCAUGCAUUUUGGAUGUUGAUAUUGAGAAAGGAAACCCGCACAACCCUAAAUCCAAUGACGAAUCUGUUGUGAAUUUGAAGACUGAUGAUUCCUUAGUAAGGGCAUUGCAGAGAGAGAUUAGCUUACAGCUAGGAGGAAAAUUCAUGCAGCUCUUGAUGAACCAUGCGUCUGAUUUACCCAAGUUCGCUUCAAGAGAUAAAUAUCUGAUCGAUAGAAUCUAUGAUACGCAUACUAACAGAUCAAGGAAAUACAAGCGAUCUGCCUCCUUCAAUUCCAGAAGAGUCGUUCUCCUAUUCUCGGUCUUGUCUAGUAUGGGAACUAUAAUCCUAAUAUAUCUGACACUGAGAGUGAGGCAGAUUGGCGACGGCUCUGGUAAUCUUUAGCGCAGUUUGUUGUGCCGAGUGUUACGAUCUUUUGUGAAAGAAUCCCGUUUGGUACUAUUUGGCUUCUCUUCCUCUUUUGCUUCUGUUUAUCUGGUGUAUAUAUUUCAUCAAUGUACAUAAAUUGAGAAUCUGGAAGUACAUACAUUGACUGUUUCAAUUGAUUUUUGUAUACAAAUUUCCAGUUUCAUUCUUGUCA